ACAAGUUUGAUAACAACAAUAGGUCCAAGAUUUCUGAUUUAUUGGAAUUCUUCGUAUCAAUUUUAUUUUUUGUGAUCACUGACUACAAUGUACAAUUAAUGUUUUAUUCCAAAUCUAAAAAUUAUUCGACUAUCGCGAUACUAAUCUUUUUUUACGUUUCAAUUAAGAAAUCUUUACUUUUAUUAUUUUCAAUGGACAUACUUUCUUAAAAUUUGAUAAACCGUUCGACUUAUGUUUUAUUCUAUUAACAUUUCAUUUAGUAUCCUAAUUAGUAUUAACUUUUCAAUCGGAUUAUAGUAUGCGUAAAAUGUUCUUAUAUGAAACGUUGAAAGAAUAUAAUGAGAGUUUUUUCGAAGAAAGUUGGAAUAUUUAUCUCAUUAUUGCUUAAUUUUGCUUGCAAAAUAUUGAGUUACAUAUUCCAUUUUUGUUUGUCUAUUUUUUUAUGCAUAUAUAUAUAUAUAUAUAUAUAUAUAUAUAUACACACGCACACACAUACACACGAUAUACGCUAUGUAUAUAAUAUUGAAUAGUUUUUACCCGUUAAUAAAAUAGAUAGUUACGAUUUACCGAUAAAAUAGAGUCUUCAUUCCAUUGGUUAUCAAAUUUAUCAGCGACUAGCGUCACUAUCGCCAAAGAAUAUAUAUAAGUUUAUUUUGAUCGUUAGUCUUGUUCUUUUUUGCAAAAUCAUCAUGUCGUUUAUCACGUUGUUCUAAUUUAAGUCAAACUGUUAAUAUUUUCAUAAAAAAUGAUAUGUUCCAGAUGUAUUAAUUACGUGCAAGCUACAGAAUUGGAUCUAAAACGAUAUAAUAUACAAGGCAUUAUUCAUCGACUCGAUUGUAAAAAAUGUAAUCAAUUUGUAGCUAUAAAAGUGAAUGAUGAUAUUUUAGAUCUAGAUAAUAGUUUUAACGAUAAAUAUGAAAAUAAUUGGUGCGAGAUGAAAACCAAUCAAGAGAGAAUAAUUUAUUAUAUAUUGUGUCAAAUAAUUUAUGUUGAAUUUGAUACUCCGAAACCCGAAAAAUUGGAGACACCAUACGAUUAUGCCGAUAAAUUUGAUAUCGUUUUGAUUAGAUGGGAAAAUGGAAAACCCAUUGGUUUUUAUACCAUUAAACCUAAAGGUACUGAAGUUUAUUCGACCAAAGAAAAGUAUACGAUGCCUGUAUUAGAUACGGCAUAUAUUCGAUCGCCAUAUAGAAAUAAAGGAUUUGGUUCAGAAAUUUUAUUGGAUAUAAUCAAACGUUUUCCUGACGAGGAUAUUGGAUUUUCUAAACCAAUUUCUAACGAUAUGCUGAAAGUAUUGAAAAAUUUUCUAAGAAAUUACAAAGAAUAUAGAUUACGUUUUUGGGAAAUAGCCGAUUGGGACAUCUAUGGUUCACAAAAAUUAAUAUGGUUUGGCGUGAAAGAUAAAUUUCUUUAACGAAGAAUAUUUUGAUUUUAUUCAAAAUGCAAAGCUAUUUGAGUAUUAUAAUAAAAUAUUAAUAUAUUUUCUAAAGGAAAAUGUGUUCUUAUACAUAUAUCUGAAAUAGAAUAAAUUGAACAUGAUA